AUGCGGUUCUUGACAACAUUCGCCGCCUGCCUCUGCCUGGGUGCGUUCCACGUGCAGGCCAAGUCAACCGCUGGCGACCGCGUGGUGGUAUUUGUGCCCAAGCUGGACGCGGCCUCCGAAUACUCGCAGUUCCUCGACUCUCUGGGCACCCGCGGGUUCGAUGUAUCGUUUGAGGGUGACCGCCUGUACGACCACGCAAUCGUCCUCUCGCCGUCAUCGAAAAAGUUCGGCUCUGGCAUUUCCGUUAGCGACUUUCUGUCGUUUGUCGACAGCGGCGGCAACCUGAUCGUGGCCGCGUCACACGAGCUCAGCGACAUCCAUCGCAAGCUGGCUCUGCAGUUUGGCGUCACGUUCGAGAAGCGCGGCUCGCGGGUGGUCGACCACACCAGCCAUCUGGCUGCCACAGUGAAUCAGUCGGACCACUCAGUUGUGGCUGCAAAGCAGUUUGCCCAGGUGGAUGCGGUGCUGUCGAAGAAGGUUGUGGGCGGAAAGCCCGUGCUGUUCAAGGGCAUUGCGCAUGCAUACGAUGCUGCCAACCCGCUGCUGGUCCCGCUGCUGACGGGCGCCCGCACGACAUACUCGGCCGCGUCCAGUGCCGCUCGGUCGGACGUCGUGCUGACGGGCAUGUCCAUCGGCCUGGUCAGUGCCUUCCAGACGCGCUCCAACGCCCGCGUCGUGUUCUCGGGCAGCGCCGAUCUGUUCUCCAACAGGCUUCUGGGCCAGAAGGCUGCGGGAAACACGCAGUUCGUUAAGGAGAUCUCGCAGUGGGCAUUCCAGGAGAAGUCCGUGCUGCGUUCUACCGCCCACCGCCACCACUUUGCUGCCACUGGCGAGACCCCCGAGCACUACCGCGUCAACAACGAGAUUGUGUACGAGGUCGAUCUUUCGGUGUACUAUGAUGACGCAUGGCAUCCGUAUGUGGCCAGCGACGUGCAGUUCGAGGCCAUCAUGCUUGAUCCGUAUAUCCGCGCCACGCUCAACCGCACAGAGUCCAACGCAGCACAUGCCACGUACCAUGGCGACAUCAAGCUGCCGGACCGCUAUGGCACAUUCACCUUCCGCGUCAACUACAAGCGCACCGGGUACUCCAACGUCGUUGUUCAGGAUACCGUUGGCAUUUGGCCGCUGCGCCACGAUGAGUACCCGCGCUUCCUGUCCGCCGCCUACCCGUACUACGUAGGCUCGUUGACCAUGGUCCUUGGGUUCCUGGCCCUCUCUGCUGCCUGGCUCUGGAACACUGAGCCCAAGAAGGCCAAGUCCAAGACCAACUAAAAAAAAUGAAAUACUGCGAAU